AUGACUGCGCGUCACGCACCAACACAAAAUAAUUUUCGAAUAUUCCUUCUUUCUUUCCUCGAGUCUUCAUACUGCUUGAAGUGCCUUUCACCUGUAACACUGAUAAAAGAUGUUGUUAAAGAAGUUGAACUAUGCAUCGGAAUAUCCAGUGAUCUAAUGCAUAUAAGCUUUAUCGACAAGGGGGACCUGCACAGCGAUUUAUCUUUGACUGAUUCCAACAUAGUGAAUGGAUCAAGUCUUCUUGUUACUACUUCAAAGCCUCUGGAAACUCUGUUUAAAUCUAUAAUCAUAAAUCAAGGUUUGUCAGAGUUUUUUCCUUGUCCAACUGGAUUUCUCAUCAAUGUCUCGGUCAAGCAGCGGCAGGAAUUUAUCAAACGUCGACUGAAUACUGCUUUACUGUUUUCCUCAGGUUUGGGCAUAGCAAAUGUUUGUAACACAUUAAUAUGUUUAGGUGCAAAUAUAAACGCUACAACAAAACUUGGUCGAACAGCUCUACACAUAGCUGCUGCUCACUCCUCCUCACCAUCAUCGUCAUUCGAAGAAGUAAUUAAAAAUCUUGUGGAAAGAGGCGCGAAUAUGAAACUGAAAGAUGCUUUCGGUGAAACAGCAUUGGAUGUAGCUAAACGCUAUGGAAAUCGUCAUACAGUUUGUUUGCUGCAACGAUUGAACUGGUUACAAAGAUGUCAGUCAGCUAAACCUCAAUAUUUGGAUAUACCGCUUAAAACUUUUCAAAUGUGUGAUUCAGCCAAUCCAAAAUGGCGUAGAAAUAUUAAUGGUCAAAUUUAUUUACAGGUUGGUAGUAAAUGUUAA